AUGAACUUGAGUGAGCCGCAGCCGCUUGCAAGAGCCUCAAGUGACCCCUACUUCAACUUAGGAACACUGGGUCGCAAAGUCAGUACCAAUUCCACAGAAGCCCAGAUCUGGUUUGAUAGGGCACUUGUUUGGACGUACUGCUUCAAUCAUGAUGAAGCGAUUACCUGUUACAAGCAAGCAAUUGCGCACGACGAGAACUGUGCUAUGGCCUAUUGGGGAGUAUCCUUCUGUUCUGGCUCAAAUUACAACAAGACAUGGGCGCUGUUUGACGAAAAGGACCGAGUGAAUGCGAUCAAACAGUGUUAUGUCUUUUCUCAAGAAGCCCUGAGGCGGGCGAAGAACGCAUCGGGUUGGGAGCAGGCGAUCAUCAAGGCUCUUGCAAAACGAUACCCCAACGAUGAUCCACGUAGGGAUCUUGUUGCGUGCAGCAGAGUGUAUGCCGACGCUAUGAGAGAGGUGUAUCUGAGCUUUGGUCGUGAAGAUUUUGACAUCAUCACUUUCUUUGCUGAUGCAUUGAUGAAUUGUGCUCCGCGAAAGUUAUAUGACGCCUCUACGGGACUCCCUAUAGCAUCAUCUCCGGUAUUUGAAGUGAAAGACCUGCUUGAUCAAACUUUGAAAAUGCCAGGGGUCGAUCGGCAUCCAGGCCCCGCCCAUAUGUAUAUCCAUUUGAUGGAAAUGUCGGCCACUCCCGAGGCUGCUCUACCUGCAGCAGAAAUAAUCCGCGAGAUGUUCCCCGACACAGGCCAUACCUACCACAUGCCUGCUCAUAUUGAUGUUCUUGUGGGCGAUUAUCGGCGAGCAGUGGAAUACAAUUUAAAGGCGACCAUCGCAGAUGACAAAUUUUUCCAACAGAAUGGCGGCCUAACUUUCUACAGCUACUAUCGCCUACACGACUAUCACUCCCUCAUCUACGCUGCGAUGCUUGGUGGGAAAUUAAAGGCUGCACUUUCGGCGACAGAACGAAUGGAGGCAACAAUUACGGAAGAAAUCCUCCGGGUAGAAACGCCUUCACUUGCGAAUUGGAUGGAAUUUUUCAAAGCUGUUAGAGUUCAUGUCUUUAUUCGCUUCGGAAUGUGGGAUGAGCUCAAAAAGCUCGACCCACUUGAAGACAAGGAGCUCUAUUGUGUCACCAAUGUCAUGAGACACUAUGGAAAAGGUAUCGCGUAUGCGGCUACAGCACAGCUUGAAGAAGCCGACAAGGAGCGAGAGCUCUUCAAAACCGCUUCUAAGCUUGUCCCUCCCACACGCCUUGAUUUUCCCAAUAAAAUCACGGACAUCCUCAAAGUAGCAUCUGCUAUGCUGGACGGCGAAAUCGAGUAUAGACGGGGUAAUUACGAGACAGCAUUCUGCAGAUUAUUGGACGCAGUUUCUCUGGAAGACGAGUUACCUUUUGCUGAGCCAUGGGGAUGGAUGCUUCCAGCACGGCAUGCAUAUGCAGCCCUCUCCCUGGAGCAGGGCAAGGUCGAGCAGGCUGCACAAGCUUAUGCUGAAGAUCUGGGACUCCUUCCGACACUCAAACGAGCACAUCAGCACCCAAACAAUGUUUGGGCUCUUCAUGGCUAUCAUGAGUGUCUUCAACUUCUGGGUCGCCACGCAGAGGCCAAUAUUAUCAAGAAGCAGCUUUCCCUUGCUGCUGUGGAAGCAGAUGUUGAAAUCACAUCGUCAUGCUUCUGUAGGCUUGGCAAUUUACCUUCUUGUAAUGGAACAGCUAAGUUGAAUGGUUGUCAUGGUGUUUCAAAGUGUCAUAGUUAG